AUGAAAAGAAGAACUGGAUCUGAAGAAAUGCAAUUAAUGGCCAAAUACAUACAAGAAGGUUCUGAAGGUUUUUUUACAGCUCAAUAUGGAACAAUAUUUAAAUUGAGUUUUGUAUUUUGUAUAAUGAUUAUGUUAGUAUAUUAUUUCAGAGAACCAUUAGUAAUAAAAGUCGGUGAAAAAGAAAUACUUACAAUUAGUAAUUUAACUAUGAGUAUUUUUUCAGGAAUAAGUUUCUGUUUAGGUUCUUUAUGUUCUGCCUUUUCAGGAUAUGCAGGAAUGUGGGUUAGUGUGAGAGCAAAUUUAAGAACAUGCAGUUCUGCUACUAAAUGUUAUAAUGAAACUAUAAAAGUUGCUUUUUAUGGAGGUUAUUUUGGUGCAGCAAUAAAUAUUGCAUAAGCUAUUUUGGGAAUAAGUAGUUUAUUUUUGAUGUAGUAUUUUUAUUUUAAAUAUACUUUACCUUCUUCUAAUUCAGCUUAAGAUAUUGUCGGAUAAAUUCCUCUUUUGCUAAUCGGAUUUGGCUUCGGAGCUUCUUUUGUGGCUAUGUUUGCUUAAUUAGGAGGCGGUAUUUACACUAAAGCGGCUGAUGUUGGAGCUGAUAUUAUCGGGAAAAUUGAAAGCGACAUUCCUGAAGAUGAUCAUAGGAAUCCUGCCGUUAUAGCAGAUUUAGUAGGUGAUAAUGUAGGAGACUGUGCUGGUUAAGCAGCUGAUUUAUUCGAGAGUAUUUCCGCAGAAAUUCUCAGUGCGAUGAUUUUAGGUGCUACUUUAGCCUAAGAAGCUGAUUUUUCAAUGAGUCAAUAGGCCUCGUUUAUGCUUUUUCCUUUAGCAGUACACUGUUUGGAUUUAAUAGCGUCAACUAUUGGUUUAUUUUUUGUAAAUACGAAAGCUGGUUUACCAGAAUUCGAUACCAAUUAUGGAGAAUUGGAAGAUCCUUUAGUGAUUAUGAAAAGAGGAUAUAGGGUAUCUAUGUCAGUUGGAAUAAUAGGGUUUAUAUAUUUGUGUUAUGUUUUUUUAAACCCUGAGAGAAAUAAUUAUGCAUGGAUUAAUUUUUCUUUAUGCGGAAUGAUAGGUAUUUUAGUUAGUUAUCUUUUCAUUGAAGUAACUUAAUAUUAUACUGAUUAUUAAUAUUAGCCAGUUAGAAAUAUAGCAUAAGCUUCCAAAACAGGGCAUGCUACAAAUGUUAUUGCUGGGUUAAGUGUAGGUUUAGAAAGUACAGGCUUACCUAUUAUUAUUAUAUCUAUAGGUUUAUUAGGUUCUUAUUAUCUAGGCGAUAAUUCAGGAAUUUAAAAUAAAAAAGGAGAUAAUAUUGGAGGACUUUUUGGUACUGCAAUUUCUACUAUGGGAAUGUUUUGUACUGGUGUAUAUGUACUUUCUAUGAGUGGGUUUGGUCCUAUAGCUGAUAAUGCAGGAGGCAUUGCUGAAUUAUCUUAAUAACCAGCUGAAGUUAGAAAAAUAACAGAUAAGUUGGAUGCUGUUGGAAAUGUUACUAAAGCUAAUACAAAAGGAUAUUCAGUCGGUUCUGCAAGUUUAGCUUGUUUUUUAUUAUUUAGUGCGUUUAUUGACGAGGUUAAUCUAUUUUCAAAAACUAAAAUAACAUCCGUGGAUAUAACUUAACCAGAAAUAUUUAUUGGAGGACUAAUAGGGUCUAUGUGUGUGUUUAUCUUUACUUCCUGGACAAUCGCAGCAGUUGGUAAUGCUGCUUAAGAUGUAAUAAAAGAAGUAAGAAGAUAAUUUAAGGAACAUCCUGAAAUUCUACAUGGAGAAAUCUCACCUAAUUAUAAAUAAUGUGUCGAAAUUGUAGCCAGAGCAGGUCUAAGAGAAAUGGUUAAACCUGGACUUUUAGCGGUUUUUACACCUGUUAUAGUAGGGGUACUUUUUAAAUAUAUUGGAAUUUAUUAAUAAAAAUAAUUACUUGGAGCUAAAGUUAUGAGUUCCUUUUUAAUGUUUGCAACUUCGACAGGAAUUUUAAUGGCUCUAUUCUUAAAUAAUGCUGGAGGAGCAUGGGAUAAUGCUAAAAAAUAUAUCGAAUCUGGAGAAUUAGGAGGCAAAGGAAGCGAAACUCAUAAAGCAGCGGUAACAGGAGAUACUGUAGGAGAUCCAUGCAAAGAUACUGCUGGGCCUUCUAUUCAUAUUUUAAUAAAACUAUUUUCAACCAUUACUUUAGUUUUAGCUCCUUUAUUUAUUGAAUGAUAUUUUUUUAUUAUAAUCUUUAUUAUUGU